CGCCUUUUGAGGUGCGUUUUACCUCUCUUCCUUCCUACAUAUACCCUUCUUUGUCACGAACUUUUCUUAUAAGAGGAGAGUGGGGUACCCUCAACUUCUCAACCACCAAGGAGGAGGCAGGGGAAGAAGAAGAAGAAGAGUAUGGACGUUCGACCCAGAAGAGCCAGAGCAACCAGUCCAGACAGGUUCAAAGUUUACAUGCAGCCAAGGGUCAAACCCAUCGAAAAAGUCCAAGUUGUUUACUACCUCUCAAGAAAUGGCCAUCUUGAGCAUCCCCAUUACAUGGAAGUCACCCAUUUGGCCAAUCAACCUCUCCGCUUAAGAGAUGUAAUGGACCGGCUUACGGUGCUUAGAGGCAAAGGAAUCCCCUCCCUUUAUUCCUGGUCUUGCAAAAGGAGCUAUAAGAGCGGGUAUGUGUGGAACGAUUUGGCUGAGAAUGACAUAAUCUACCCAGCUGAAGGAGCAGAGUAUGUGCUUAAAGGCUCUGAACUUGUCGAAGGCUGCUCUGAGAGAUUUCAAGAAAUUCAACAAAUUCUAGAACCAAAUUAUCACUCGAAGCGUAAACCAGUAGCUCCAAGUCCACGCCGAGAACCCGAAGACCAAGAAUACGAAGAAUACGAAGAAGGGGAAGAAUUCGAAGAUGGAGAAAAAACAAGCUGCACCAGCUCCACCACUCCUCAGUCUCGCUGCUCCAGAGGCGUAUCCACUGACGAACUCGAAGACAACGAGACCCAACAACCCGAAGUCCAGAAAAACCCGACCGAGUUGGCUCUGAACGACUCAUCCCCACCAUCCACAUCCUCCAGAGACUCUGACAAAGCCAACCAAAUUAACAACUCCAAACGAGUCGAAGAUGGUGACCACCUAGUACUUGCCAACCAACGCAUUGAACCCAACAACUCCAAACGAUUCGAAGAUGGUGACCACCCAGUUGCCAACCAACGAAUUGAACGCAACAACAACUCCAAACGAUUCGAAGACGGUGACCCAGGUGCCAGCCAACGCAUUGAACGCAACAACAACUCCAAACGAUUCGAAGAUGGUGACCACCCAGUUGCCAACCAACGCAUUGAAUGCAACAACAACUCCAAACGAUUCGAAGACGGUGACCCAGGUGCCAGCCAACGCAUUGAACGCAACAACAACUCCAAACGAUUCGAAGACGGUGACCCAGUUGCUAAAGAGUCAGGACCGAGUCGGAACUCGGUCCUGCUCCAACUCAUUGCAUGUGGUGGUGCCACGGUUGCGAAAUCAAAGAGCGCGCAGAGUCUGAAGCAACCAGCUGUGAGGAAGAGUGACAGCCUUCACAAAGGGGUUCUGUGCAAGAGCGCCGUGAUGGUGGCGGAGGAAGAUAUGAUCAGAUACAUGUCUGAGAAUCCAAGGUUCGGGAAUUUGCAGUCGGAGGAGAAGGAAUACUUCAGUGGGAGCAUCGUUGAGGCCGUGAGAGAGGGCCGAGUUGUGGCUGAACCGGUUCUGAAGAGAUCGAAUUCGUUCAACGAAGAAAGGAGCAAAAAGGUGGGGUUGGGAGAAGCAAUGGAGGAAGAGAAAAGAGAGAAAGCAGCAGUGAAAGGGAAAUGCAUUCCUCGAAAGAGAUGUUUGGCUUCAUCGAAACAAACCAAGAAAUGAGAUUAUGAGAUGUAUCUCAGUAUUUGCCGUUGGAUUUGUAAUUAUUACAAGUGAUUAAGGUUUGUUUAGGGUUGAGCUUUCAUAAUUAUGGGACGUGUCGGUGCUGUUGAAAAGUUGCUAAAAUGUGGUAAAAAUUGAAAAAGGCAAAAGGUGGUCCGAUUGUGUGUCCCGUGAUUUGGUUGCAGAAAUCAUGGUGGCCUACUGUUUGUCUUUGAGUGCUUUUUAAUGGGCC